ACCUAGGGGUAACGCAGGUGGUAGCAGCAAUGGCGGCGACGGACGGAGGAGCGCCUGGGAGGACAAUAUGCGCCAGCAAUUGGCGGUUUGGCGAGCCGAUCCCGAGUGGGAAGACGAGCAGCCGAAACUCGAGGUAUCCGUCCCGAAGGGCUCCUUCUGCCGAAUGGACGCGCAGUUCCUGCUUGCCCUGCCCCCGGACCUCGUUUAUAGCACACUCUGCGACCCCAGCAAUCGAAGAGUAUUCAAGAAUAUCACGGAUGUGAGCUACCGCAACGUGCUGUACGACGAUGGGGACGUGCAGGAGGUGGAGCUGCAGCAGGGAGCCAGAUGGCGCUUCCUCUUCCUCUCUGGAACCUUUGACGUGCGCCUGAGAGUCAAGCAGGACCGACCCAACCUCAAGAUGUCGUUUAAACUUAUAAGGCCCGGAUUCAUGAAGCAGUUCGAGGGUUAUUGGCAACUCGUGCCGCUGGUUGUCUCUCCCUCUUCCUUUCUUCCUCCCUCCACCACACUUCCUUCCUCCUCCGCCCCUUCUCCUCACUCCCCCACGGCCCGCUCUGCUCGCCCCCCCGCACCCCACUCUGCCCGCCUGGCUUCCCACACCCCCGCAUCAACCUCUUCAUUAGCACACUCGGUAGUGCAGCCCACACUCUCUCCGCCACCCAUUUUGUCGCACUACUUGCGAGGCAUCAGCACACAGAUCACUCGGGACAUGCUCAAGGAUUUUCAGACCGAAGCCGCCCGGAUAAGAUAUGAUCUUCCAGUUGAUGCUGAUGUGGAAAAGGAGUUGGAGAAGAUACGGAGCGAGAGUGGCAGAGAGGAGAAGGAAGGGAAUGGCGGCCAGAGGAGUGAGGGUGAGCAGAGAGAGGGAAGGGUUCGAUGGAGGGAUGAGGUGAAGAAAGGGGUGAGGGGGAAGAAAGCAGAGCUCGAAAGUCCUCAGAAUGUGUUUUCUGCGAAGUACGUUCCGUUCUGUCCGGAGCAGAAGGCAACUGAGGAGUACUCGCUAGACGAGGUCAUCUACACCAGCAAGGACGGCCUGCUGUUGGACGUGCAGCAUGACUACGAGGCUCUUAAACGCUACGACGCCGCUUACUGGAAGAAGCUCUUCGACUCCCGGGUCGGCAAACACACGUGGCCUUACGGAUCCGGAGUGUGGAGCAAGAAGGAAUGGGUUCUCCCUGGGAUCGACAACGACGACAUCGUGAGCAUGUUUGAGGGCAACUCCAACCUCUUCUGGGCCGAGCGGUACGGCAAGGAGCUCGGAAUGACCGAUCUGUGGGUCAAGCAGUGCGGCAACAGCCACACUGGCUCUUUCAAGGAUCUGGGCAUGACAGUGCUCGUGAGUCAAGUGAAUCGGCUGCGGAAGAAGAACAUGCCACUCGCAGCCGUUGGAUGCGCCUCCACCGGCGAUACCUCCGCUGCUCUCUCCGCCUACUGCGCUGCUGCCGGCAUCCCCGCUAUCGUCUUCCUCCCUGCUAACAAGAUCUCCCUCGCGCAACUCGUGCAGCCCAUCGCGAACGGCGCUCUCGUGCUGUCGAUCGACACGGACUUCGACGGGUGCAUGCGGCUGAUCCGCGACGUGACGGCGCAGCUGCCCAUCUACCUCGCCAACUCGCUCAACUCGCUGCGCCUCGAGGGCCAGAAGACGGCUGCUAUUGAGAUUUGCCAGCAGUUCGAGUGGGAAGUGCCCGACUGGGUCAUCGUGCCAGGAGGCAAUCUCGGCAACAUCUACGCCUUCUACAAGGGUUUCUACAUGUGCAAGGAGAUGGGCCUCGUCGACCGCAUCCCCCGUCUGGUUUGUGCGCAGGCAGCCAACGCGAACCCGCUCUACCUGUCAUACCAGAAGGGCUUUGAGCAGUUUGAGCCGGUGCGGGCGACACAGACCUUCGCCUCCGCCAUCCAGAUCGGCGACCCUGUCUCCAUCGACCGAGCCAUCUUUGCUCUCAAGGCAUCCAACGGCAUAGUGGAGGAGGCCACGGAGCAGGAGCUCAUGGACGCUGCAGCAGAGGCGGAUCUCACGGGCAUGUUCAACUGUCCACACACAGGAGUGGCUCUGGCGGCUCUGAAGAAGCUGCGCAGUCGGGGAGUGAUUGGCCCCAAUGAUCGCACAGUGGUGGUCAGCACAGCACACGGCCUCAAGUUCGCUCAAUCCAAGGUGGCUUAUCACUCGAAUGAGAUUCCUGGCAUGGUGUCGACAUUUGCCAAUCCUCCUGCUCCGUUUCCAGGGUCCGUGAAGGCGCCUGGAGCGAGCGACCUUAGCACGUGGUGGCGGAACUCGCUGGUUCCAUGGGCCCGAUGCAAGAAGCUGAUGGGCAUUAUGUCUCUCCUCCGCCCUUCACUCAGGAUGGAAACGUUGGAGCGACCCCAGCACGUGGGGAAAGCAGUCCCUGGUGCCGUGGGGACACAAGGGAUGGCCCUUCCGCCUGGGCGUGCCUGGGCGCGGACUGCUGCAGUGGCGGGAGCACUCUCUUCCCUUGCCGCCUGUGCCUGGCUCAAGAGGCUGACAGCUCCCUUUCUUUCUCACUCCUCCUCAAUCCCACGGUCCCUCUAUGUGUGUCUCGCAGGUUGGAAGCGUUGGAGCGACCCCAGCACAUGGGGGCGGCAGUCGCUGGUACCGUGGGGGCACAAGGGGUGGCCCUUCCGCCUGGGCGUGCCUGGGCGUGGGCUGCUGCAGUGGCGGGACGUGACUAUACCGUGUGGCGCGGCCAUUCUGCUGGAUGUGCCUGAAGUGAGGGUUGGGAAGCUCAGGAUUAAAGGAUGGCUCAAGGUCCUCCACUCGGCCAAGCUUCCCCACAUCCACGUCAAGACCCACCUCAUCCUCGUUAUGGGGCGCCUCACUGUUUCUAGCACCGAACUGACUCAAGUUCGAUUCUUUCCCCCUCCGGCCCGUUUCAUCCUCGUUAUGGGGCGCUUCACUGAAGGCUCCGCGUCCCGCCAGCUGUCCUCGCAUCUCACGGUCACCCUACACCCCAACACGGGAUUCUCGGGCGGCAGGAAGCCGUACAAGCUCCGAAAAGUGCCGCCCGCUGACGCGAGAAACCCCCGAGACCUGGGUCACAAGGCGUUUGCUGUGGUGGGGCAGGUGGACCUGCAUGGCAUGCCGGGUGGGGAUGACACUCCCUCGUGGGUGGGAGGGCAGGUGGACCUGCAUGGCAUGCCGGGGGGAAGAGACACUCCCUCCUGGGUGCGACUGGCAGCGACAGCAGCAGCGGGGCAGAGGCAGCUGAUUGUUGAGGGGGAUGUGAGGGGGUGGCGCCCGGGCCUCUCUGUUGCUGUUGCCUCCACCAGGCAACAGCGGCAGCGGGGCAGAGGCAGGCUGGUGGUUGAGGGGGAUGUGAGGGGGUGGCACCCGGGGCUGACUGUUGCUGUUGCCUCCGCCAGCACUGACUUUAAUGAGGCAGAGAGCCGGGAGAUCGAAUCAGGUGGGUUGAUGAUGGUAUGUGCGUGCGUGCGUGCUUUUGAGGUAUUCGGUGGCGCCCGGGGCUGA